GUUCGCGAUGGCAAUCAGAACAGCAGUGUUGCAAAUUUUGCAAAGUAUCACGUUCUUCUUGAAUCUGUGGCAACACUUGCAAAAGUCAAACGUUCUAUUUACUCAUCACGCGCGCAAAUAACCUGAAUAACCGGCAACACAAAAUUUUUGUCUGCAAGCUUGCAUUUGUGUUAAGUAAUGGAAAAAGAAAGCGAAAGACUGAAUACUGCCAUGAGCAAGCUAUUAAUUAGAUGCCGGCUGGACAUGGAGGCCGAAUUCGUUGCCGGCAAAAAGAAAAGAUCUGUUCUCUGGGGUAAAGUCCUAGAUUCCAUGAAGGCAGUAAAUCCAGAUGUUCCUGAUAGUAAGGAAGUACUCCAGAGAAAAUUUCUUAAUUUAUUAGCAUCGUAUAAACGCAUAAAAAGGCGAAAUAAAGAAUCAGGUCGGGACGCAACCACCUGGGAGUACUUCGACGAGUUUGAUGCCAUGUACGGUUGUCGGCAUUCAGUUGAGCCGCCAGAGGAAAAUUUGCAGUCUUCCUUGGCAAGCCCAUCGGGUGAUGAAAGCGAGUGCGAUUUGGAAGAGCAGGUUGGCAGCGCAAGGAAACGUUCCAAGAAAACGGCAAAUGAGGCGAUAUCAUUUUUUAAGGAAGAAGCUAGCAAGGAACAAAACCGACAUGAGGAUGUACUACGGUUAGAGAGGGAAAAGCUUGAGAUUGAAAAGGAGAAAAUUCGUGUGCUAAACUCUUUGCGCGACAUUUUAGCUAAGAGGACGUAAAUGCUUAAAAAAAUUUUGAUAUGAAAUUAAUUUUUGAAGCUAAUUUUGCAAUGUUUUGUAAACGCAGUACAAAAACACAUAUGUGGUGAUAUGAAUUAAAUUGUACCUUUCUUUUGUUGAUUUUUAUUUCUUUUAAUAAACUACAAAUUUAAGACAUAAAUAACAUUUUUAAAUCGUUUCUUUUUAUGACUCCUUCACUGCUUUCAGUAAUAUUUUCGACAGCUUCUAAGGUUUGAACAUGAGCAGCAUUUAUGCUUUGAUCUAAGUUAAUGCUGCUCAAAAUAUCCGCUGAACUUGAAUCGCCAUCGUGGGUUAUGAUAAAAUUGUGUAAUAUA